AUGUGGCCAAACAGGCAGAUGUGUCCAGGCAUGGUCAUUGUCCCAGCAGCUGGAGGCCUUACGAGAGUUCAGAUUCUUUACCUUCUCUGGUUGCCCUUGUCAUUACCAGGACUUGUUUGGGGUUCCUGGGUCUUUAGAACAGCUCAGGAAAUAGAACAUAGUAAAGGUGACUCAGUGGUAAAGAAUUUGCUUGCCAAUGCUGGAGACAUGGGUUCAGUCCCUGGGUCAGGAAGAUCCCCUGGAAAAAGAAGUGGCAACCCACUCCAGUAUUCUUGCCUGGGAAAUCUCAUGGACAGAGGAACCUGGUGGGCUAUAGUCUAG